AUGGCUUUGAUCUUCUUCUUAUACCUCUAUGUAGUUUCAAGAGCAACCAGUAGGGACCACUCUCCCAGGCUGGUGAAAUCCACCCGAAAGGAAGGACUCUCUGUCGUGCAGCUCGAGGAACUCCCAAAAAUCACUGGAAAAGAUUUGAAGCUGGGCAGUGAUUGUGCAAUUUGCUUGGAUGUGAUUGGAAAUGAGGAACCUGCAAGGUUAGUUCCUGGUUGCACCCAUGGAUUCCACCUAAAAUGUAUCGAUCUUUGGCUGUCCAAGCAGCCAUUUUGUCCUGUUUGUAGAUAUAAGCUUGAGCCUGAGUUGUUCAAUCAAGACAGUAGCAAUCCAUGUUAA